AUGUUUCAAGGGUGGUCUCUUGCCCUGCAUCUCUUCCUGCUGUGCUGGCUGGCCGCUGCCCUGCAGGUUAUAGAAGAUCGAGGCUCGGGAGGUCAUCUGGACCUGACCGAGUUAAUUGGCGUACCCCUCCCUCCCUCGGUCUCUUUCACUCCUGGCUACGAGGGUUUUCCAGCCUUCAACUUCGGGCCUGAAGCCAACAUCGGCCGGCUCACCAAGACCUUCGUGCCAGGGUCCUUCUACAAGGACUUUGCCAUCAUUGUCACGGUGCGUCCAGCCAGCCCGAGAGGAGGCAUACUCUUUGCCAUCACAGAUUCCCAACAGAAGGUGGUGGAGCUGGGUUUGGCCCUCACUCCAGUCCGCGGGGGCCUCCAGAGCAUCUUAUUGUACUACACUGACAGACAGCAGGCCUCCCACAGCCACAAAGCUGCAGCCUUCAGUGUCCCUGAUAUGACGGACCAGUGGACGCGGUUUACGGUGGUGGUGGAGCACGAUGAGGUGCGUCUCUACAUGGACUGUGGAGAGGCAGAGAGGGCUACUUUCCACCGGAGGCCUGAAAGACUCACUUUUUCUCACAACUCAGGCAUCUUUGUAGCUAAUGCAGGAAGCACAGGGCUCGACAAGUUUGUGGGCUCCAUUCAGCAGCUGGUGAUAAAAGAUGAUCCCAGGGCAGCUGAGGAGCAGUGUGAAGAUGAUGAUCCUUAUGCCUCGGGAUACGCCAGCGGGGACGACGCUCUGGAUGACAGAGAGACGGAGGAGGAAGUGAUGAAGAACACACAGGACAAGAAACACAGCAAAGUACAGGAGGAGGACAGUGUCCCAGUCAGAGCUCCGCCCACUGAGGCUCCGGAGGUGGAGUUUGUUGAGUAUUCUGGUCACAUGACACCAACAGAGGCCAAUGAAGAAAUGCUGAUCAGAGGGCCACACCGGACAGAGGAGGCAGGAGAGAGAUCAGGAGAUGGUCACGUCAGGCCGGGGUCCAAAGGAGAGCGUGGAGAUCCCGGACCACCCGGCCCACCUGGUCCCCCGGGACCUACAACUCAACCUGGGCAAGCUCAGCCUGGACCAAGAGGGCCACAAGGGCCACCAGGGACCCCCGGCUUCCCUGGACUGCCAGGGAAAGAUGGAAAGCAGGGAAGCAAGGGUGACAAAGGAGAUGCAGGUCAGAGAGGAGCUCAAGGAAUUCCCGGUUUGGCUGGAGAAGCUGGAACCAAAGGAGAGAAGGGAGACCCAGGUAUUGGUUCACCGGGCCCUCCCGGCCUCCCCGGGCCACCCGGACCCCCCAGAUCACGCAGCGUACCUUACGGAGCAGAUGCCCUGGGUUCUGGGUUUGAAGAUCUGGACAGUGACACCGAGCUCAUCAGAGGUCCUCCUGGUCCACCGGGGCCUCCGGGUCCUCCUGGGCCCCCUGGAGCCAACCCGUCACCUGACACAGGUGAAGGCCGCGAUGCUGGACCACCCGGUGCCCCUGGAAGCAACGGGGUCCGAGGCAAACCUGGAAUCCCGGGUCCAGCAGGAAAAGAUGGGGCUGCAGGUGUACCAGGAGCUGUGGGAGCGAAGGGUGACCAAGGGUUACCUGGCCCACCUGGACCAAAGGGUGAAUGUGGGUCUCUGGGCACAGCAGGGUCUCCAGGGCCCCAAGGGCCCAGUGGCCCACAGGGGAAGAGAGGCCAAGUGGGUCCCCAGGGACCCCCCGGACCCCCCGGACCUCCAGGAACCAAAUUCUUUGUCGAGGAUAUGGAGGGAUCUGGGAAGAGUGACGUACUCAUGGGAGCUGGAGUCAAAGGCCCACAGGGUCCCCCUGGCCUGCCUGGCCCACAAGGACCUAAGGGUGACGAUGGAGUCCCAGGAACUCCAGGACUCUCUGUCAAGGGUGAACCAGGAGACCCAGGACCUGAGGGUCUUCAGGGUCCUGCUGGACUACCGGGUGCAAGGGGGGCUAAAGGAGAAAAAGGCAGUUCAGGAGCCAAGGGUGAGCGAGGCGCUGAUGGACUCAGUAUCCCAGGACCACCUGGGCCAGCUGGACCUCCUGGACCGACUGUUAAUCUGCAGGAUGGCCCUGAAGGCUGGCCUGGCAGAGCUGGAUUUCCUGGUCCCCGAGGACCAAAGGGAGACGUAGGCCCUCCAGGUAACCGGGGGCCGGGAGGGCUCAAGGGAGAAAAAGGAGAGCCAGGGGUGACUAUUGCUGCUGACGGAUCUCUCUUAGCUGCACCACGAGGCCCCCAAGGACCAAAAGGCAUUAAGGGUGACCGUGGGUUCCCAGGAUCAGCUGGAGCUAUGGGCCCGGUAGGACCGCCUGGACAAAAAGGAGAGUACGGCUUCCCCGGUCGCCCGGGUCGACCUGGUAUGGCUGGAAAGAAAGGUGACAGAGGAGAUUCUGUUGGCCUGCCGGGGCCACCCGGUCCUCCAGGCCCACCCGGACAUCCAGGAAGAAUUAUCGGUCUGAAUGGAGAGUCGAGGGGAGAUUCGUUUGGAGCUAAAGGUGACAAAGGAGACGAGGGAGUACCUGGAGAACCGGGCACACCUGCACCUGGAUUUCCUGAUGGAAUUGUGGGUGCCAGAGGUGAUCAGGGAUACCAAGGUCAGAAGGGAGAAAAGGGUGACGGAGGUCCGCCUGGUCCUCCAGGUCUGCCUGGGAGGUCAGGACUUGUGGGUCCAAAAGGUGAGUCCAUCGUGGGUCCUCCAGGUCCGGUGGGUUCUCCUGGCCUGCCUGGAGCCCCUGGGUUCGGACGACCUGGAUCCCGAGGCCCCCCUGGUCCUGCUGGACCUCCAGGACCUGCAUUUGCACACGGAUCAGGUUCGUCUGUCCCCGGCCCUCCUGGUCCCCCCGGUCCACCGGGAUCUCCAGGAUACACCAACCCGGUGACCACCUAUAAAACAAUCCAUGCUCUGAACAGAGAGAGUCAACGGGCCGCAGAGGGAACCCUGGUGUACGUGUCCGAGAGAGGAGGGGAGCUGUACGUCAGAGCACGCAAUGGCUGGCGCAAGAUCCAGCUCGGAGAGUUGAUCCAGCACGGGCCUUCAUCCUCAGCGGCGUCUCAGUCCCUCAGCAGACCUGGAGAAUGGAGCAGACCACACAGGAUCCACAGCCAGGAGCUGCAGGAGGGCAGCAGAGGAUAUCAGCCCAGCUACAACGUGCUGCCCCAGACCUUCAACGCUGUUCCCGGGCUCCAUCUGGUCGCUCUGAACGCCCCUCUGAAAGGGGAUAUGCGCGGUAUCCGAGGGGCAGACUUCCAGUGCUACCAGCAGGCGCGCUCCAUGGGCCUUACAGCCACAUACAGGGCCUUCCUGUCCUCGCACCUCCAGGACCUGGCAACCAUUGUGAGGAAGGCGGACCGCACUGACAUGCCGGUGGUUAACAUCAGGGGUGAAGUGUUGUUCAGUAGUUGGAUGUCCAUCUUCUCUGGGAACGGAGGCACAUUUAACCCGUCCGUACCCAUCUACUCCUUUGAUGGACGCAACAUUAUGACUGACUCAGCAUGGCCAGAGAAGUUGGUGUGGCACGGCUCCAGUACCGUGGGCAUCCGCCUGACCACUAACUACUGCGAGGCGUGGAGGACGGGUGACAUGGCGGUGACGGGCCAGGCUGCGCUGCUGCAGACAGGACGCCUGCUAGGACAACACACCCGCUCCUGCUCCAACCACUACAUCGUGCUGUGUAUAGAGAACACAUAUGUGGGCAACACACAUGCAAGGAGGACCUGAAGAGACAGAGGAAACACACACACACACACACA